AUGGCGGAUGGACGGCAUCACCACCACAGCCGCCGGGCGCCAACCACAGAUGCUUUUGAUGCGGCCGAGCUCACGCGUUCCUUUGAACAUUUGUUGCGCAAUAAGAGAUUCGAUCGCCUUCAUGGACUCUCCCGCUCUCGCGCUCGCACACAAUCUCCGUCGCCGGCGCCCCUGCGGUCGCAACCGCCCCAUCCCUCGCAAGCACCACCAUCACCCCCAUCAUCAACCACACAAUCGCGACCGCCUUCGCCAUCACCUUCGCCAUCACCUUCGCUACGAGGUCUCCCCAUUGUCCCACACCCCCCACAAGACCCAAACGCCGUCAGAUUCCGAAAUCUCCUCCACGUCCUCUCCGUAACGCCGACAAAAUACGAGAACCCCGGCCUUCUCGAUGACGCUCUCUCUGUGAUUCCGCUGGACAGGUUAUAUUCCGAAGCUGAUGAGGAGAGUCAAAUAUUUCAAGCACAGGCGCGGAGCCUGAAGAAGCGGCCGGAAUGGGGUUAUCAGGACUGCGUCAUCAGGGCUCUUUUAAGGUGGUUUAAACGGUCGUUUUUCCAAUGGGUUAACAACCCUCCUUGUUCACGAUGCUGCAUGCCCACGAUCGCUCAGGAUAGGACCCCUCCCACACCAGACGAGGCAGCCCGCGGAGCCACUCGAGUCGAAUUGUACAGAUGCUCACAGCCGUCAUGCGGCGCAUACGAACGGUUUCCACGGUACUCAGACGUCUGGCAAUUGCUACAAACCCGACGGGGCCGCGUAGGAGAAUGGGCCAACUGCUUCAGCAUGUUCUGCCGCGCCUUGGGCGGUCGUGUGCGUUGGGUCUGGAACUCUGAAGAUUAUGUGUGGACUGAGGUUUAUUCCGAACACCAGAAGCGGUGGGUUCAUGUUGACGCGUGCGAAGAAGCAUGGGAUCAACCUCGCCUCUAUGCUGAAGGAUGGGGUCGCAAGAUGUCUUACUGCAUUGCCUUUUCUAUUGAGGGAGCUACAGAUGUCACCCGCCGAUAUGUCCGGAAUCCUGCCAAACAUGGUGCACCACGGUCGCGCGUUUCGGAGGAGGUUCUCGUAUGGGUGAUUCAAGAAAUCCGAAAAAUGCGUCGCGACAACCUCGGCAAGGACGACCACAAACGCCUGUUGAAAGAAGAUGACAGGGAAGAACGAGAGAUGCGCAUGUAUACCGUCUGCUCUCUCGCUGCCGAACUGAACAACCUGAUGCUCAACCCUCCCUCUACUCGAUCAGACGAACAAAAGAGACCACAAGCUGCGGAUUCCCCAGCGGCGUGGGCCAACAACCUGCAAAGGUCUGGCCAUUCCGGGCCCGAUGGAUCUCAGGGCCGAUAA